GGCGUGUGCGCGGGCUGCAGCUGCGAGGGGGAGCGUGGGCGCCUCUGUGCCCGCGUGUGCGCGUGGGCGCUGCCACCGCUGGCCCGGGGCUCCAGCUGGCCCCGGGCUCGUGCCUGUCUUACCCUUCUGCCUCCGCCGCUCCUUCCGGAGCCGAGCACCCUCCGACACUUCCCCGCCCUGCCUGGCCGUGCGCGGCGCCGGGACCCGCCCCUGGGUUCCUAGAAAGCCGGGCGGGAUGCUGGGGGCCCCUGGAGGCUCCCUGCCUGGUCCGUCGCGGCCAGCAGAACCGGGAGGGGCAGUCGGGAAGACGCUGCUGCAGCCGCAGCGGACCAGCCGCCGGGACCCGCCAUCUCGGCUCCGCCCGGCGCUCUCCGGCCUCUCCGCCCGCUUUCCUUCGCGCACCUCCGCGCCCGCUCAGCCUCCAGCCGGAAAACCGCCUCCCCACGCCUCUCCGCGCCCCCAGCAGCUCCCUGCUGCCCUGCCUCUCCCUCCGCAGGCUCAGUCUCUCCCCCUUCCAGUCUGCUUCCUUUACCUUCCCGGUGCCCCCUCCUCCUCUCCCACGAGAGUCCCCCGACGGGGGCUGAGUGAGGGCCCAGCGGUGGAGUGACUGCAGCUCCCCAGGACCCCCCUGCCCGGCCCUCCCCGGCAGGCGGCAGGAGUGGCCGGGCCCCCGGGCCCGCCAUGCGCGGCACCACACUGCUGGCCCUCCUGGCGCUGGUCCUGCUCUACUUGGUGGCUGGUGCCCUGGUGUUCCAGGUCCUGGAGCAGCCGCACGAGCAGCAGGCCCAGAGGGAGCUGGGGGAGGUCCGAGAGAAGUUCCUGAGGGCCCAUCCGUGUGUGAGCGACCAGGACCUGGGGCUGUUCAUCCAGGAGGUGGCUGAUGCCCUGGGAGGGGGUGCCAACCCUGAAACCAACUCAACCAGUAACAGCAGCCACUCAGCCUGGGACUUGGGCAGCGCCUUCUUUUUCUCUGGCACCAUCAUCACCACCAUCGGCUAUGGCAAUGCAGCCCUGCGCACGGAUGCUGGGCGCCUCUUCUGCAUCUUUUAUGCCCUGGUGGGGAUCCCCCUGUUCGGGAUCCUGCUGGCAGGGGUCGGGGACCGGCUGGGCUCCUCCCUGCGCCGUGGCAUUGGUCACAUUGAAGCCAUCUUCCUGAAGUGGCACGUGCCCCCAGGGCUGGUUCGAAUACUCUCAGCCGUGCUCUUCCUGCUGGUCGGCUGCCUGCUCUUUGUCCUCACGCCCACCUUCGUGUUCUGUUAUAUGGAAGGCUGGAGCAAACUGGAAGCCAUCUAUUUCGUCAUAGUGACGCUCACCACGGUGGGCUUCGGGGACUAUGUGGCCGCCUCUCUCUGCCCUCCCGGUGGUAACCCAGGCGCCAGCCCCAGCCAGAAAUCUGCAGCCUACCAGCCGCUGGUGUGGUUCUGGAUCCUGCUCGGCCUGGCCUACUUCGCCUCGGUGCUCACCACUAUUGGGAACUGGCUUCGGGUAGUGUCGCGCCGCACCCGGGCAGAGGUGGGCGGUCUCACGGCUCAGGCCGCCAGCUGGACCGGCACCGUCACGGCGCGGGUGACCCAGCGAGCGGGGCCCACCGCGCUCCCGCCGCCGGAGAAGGAGCGACCUCUCCUGCCUACGCCGCCGUGUCCCGCGCGGCCCAGCAGCCGGCCCCGGUCCCCUGAGCCCCCGGCGAAGGAGAAGGCCCAGCCGUCCUCACCGCCCACGGCCUCGGCGCUGGAUUACCCCAGCGAGAAUCUGGCCUUCAUCGACGAGUCCUCGGAUACACAGAGCGAGCGCAGCUGCGCGCUGCCCCGCGCGCCUCGGGGCCGCCGCCGUCCUCAGAACCCCCCAAAGAAGCCCGCAAGGCCCGGGCGCCCUCGGGGCAAAGGCGCAGCCGUGUAACGGACCCCGGCCCGGCCCG